AUGUCCUCGUUCCCGCUUGAUCCAACCUUUCUCACGAAAGACGAGGAAAAUGGAAAAAAACUCACAAUAGAGGAUGUAAGAGAUGAGUAUGAAAGGAUAAGAGAACAGAUGUACAAGGAAAUGGAAAUAGAGAGGGUACAGAACAACAUUUAUCAGAAGUUGUACAACAGAACGAAGAGUAACACGUUUUACUUCGACAGAGUACAGAAACGAGAUGAAAUAGCAUCGCAUGCAGAGGAUGAUGCCUAUACAAUAAUGAAUUCGUUAGCUGUAGCGAAACAUAAUGGUGACAGUGCGAACGAAGUGAUAGAUGAGACCAGACGAGGAGAAUAUAUUGGCUCAGAGGGUAUCGCUGACACAAUCGUGGAAAGUGAAGUUGAGGAUGAUUCAAAUAUUGUGGACCUCAACAAUAUUACCGAUUCAGAGGAAGAAUCUAUGCAACAAGACCGGUACGUAAGUAAGUAUUUGGAUAUAGAGGCCGAAGAGGGAAGUACCGGAAGUGAAAUAGAGGUGAUGGAAGAGAAAUAUGAAUAUUCAAAGGAUACAAGAAACCAGGAUGAUAUUAUAAAGAGAUUAGAGAGAAAGUACCUGAGAAGAAAGAAAGUUGAAAAGUUGGAGCCACUUUUCAAAAUAGAGGAUGUGUCGAGCAGUGAGGAAGCCCUAGACUUCGUUAAUCUUAGCACGGAUAACAUUGAAUGCAAUAUUACGAAGGAUGAGGACAGCGUGGAAUGUGUAGAGAACGAAAGAGAAAGAGAUAUGGAUGAACAUAUGGCGGGUAGAGAUGCAAAUUUAUAUGACUUUAUGAAAUCAUCGCGCAAGAAGCGUAGGUAAUCCAACUUAAAACUACUCCUGGUGCUAUACCCUGAUUAAUCGCUGAAAAUAGGUAAAAUUGUUAAUAUAAAGUCUUCAGACG